GAAAUGGAAAAAAAAUCCGCAAUUGGCCAGGGGAUUCCAUAAAGGCGUCGCGAAGUUGGAUGCUAGAAAGGAAUGGGACACUAUAGCUGAAAAAUGCAAUAGCUUGGGACCACCCGUUCGAGAUGGGGAAGGCUGGCUAAAGGUCUGGGGUGACUUCAAAUUUAAAGUAAAGAAGAAAGUAGUUUUGAACAAAAAAGAAAGUCGUGCAACUGGUGGCGGAAUAAACAAUCAAAAAAGUCUUUCGAGUAUGGAAAGCGCAGUGGCAAAUUUAAUGUGCUUCGAAAGUAUGGUAAAUCCACCUGGAGCGUCAUUUGGUGGUGCAGAAAAAACGAACAAUAGCCAAAUUUCCGAGGAACUAAAUGAAACAGAUGAGAUCGUUUCGGAGGAAGAUGUUGAGCAAGAAAACAUUGAACCA